AGGAAAAAGUCACUCAGUCUCUUUGCGGAGAACUAGUAGUUCGCUGCGCCGCGGUGCGCUCUGGUCCACUUUUUACAGGUAUUUUCCUCUUCUCGUUCUUCAUGCCAUGAGAUUUUAGAGAGAGUCGGGCUGCGUCUGGAGUUAAUUUUGGUCUUUUUCUGGCCGCGGAAGAGAGCAGCGGAGCGGGUAUGUGGCGAAGGGCGCUCGCGCUGCUGCAGCUGCUGCAGUUGCAGCUGCAGCCGCAGCGCAGUCGGCUGGUGUGCGCGCAGUUCCAGCAGGGCGAGAGCGGCCUCGCGAUCCCGGACCACGGCUUCUGCCAGCCCAUCUCCAUCCCCCUGUGCACGGACAUCGCUUACAACCAAACGAUAAUGCCCAACUUAGUGGGCCACUACAACCAGGAGGAGGCAGGCUUGGAAGUGCACCAGUUUUACCCCCUGGUGAAGGUGCGCUGCUCCCCAGAGCUGAAGUUCUUCCUGUGCUCCAUGUAUGCGCCCGUGUGCACCGUGCUGGAGAAAGCCAUCCCCCCUUGUCGGUCCAUCUGCGAGCGAGCCAAGCAGGGAUGCGAGGCUCUCAUGAACAAGUUUGGCUUCCAGUGGCCCGAGAGGCUGCGGUGCGAGAACUUCCCGGUGCUGGGGGACGGGCACAUCUGCGUCGGGCAGAAUGACUCGACCGUGACGGCGCCGCCUGUCCACAUGCCUGCGCCGGGCACGGCCGGCGUGCUUCUGUACUCGACCCCGGACCGUCCGUUCCGGUGCCCUUCCGUGCUCAAGGUGCCCCCGUACCUGAACUACAGGUUCCUCGGCGAGGCCGACUGCGCUGCUCCUUGCGAGCCCUCCAGGAGCAGCGGGGGCUACAUGUUCUUCAGCCAGAAGGAGAUCCAGUUUGCACGCAUCUGGAUUCUGAUUUGGUCGUCCCUUUGCUGCGCCUCCACCUUGUUCACCGUGACCACCUACCUGGUGGACAUGCAGCGCUUCAAGUACCCGGAGCGACCCAUCAUCUUCCUCUCUGGCUGCUACACCAUGGUCUCCAUCGCUUACAUUGCGGGCUUCUUCCUGGGUGACAAAGUUGCGUGCAACGAGAGCUUCACGCCCGACGGAUACAAAACCGUGGUGCAGGGGACCAAGAAGGAAGGCUGCACCAUCCUGUUCAUGAUGCUCUACUUCUUCAGCAUGGCCAGCUCCAUCUGGUGGGUGAUCCUCUCGCUCACUUGGUUUCUGGCAGCUGGCAUGAAGUGGGGCCACGAGGCCAUCGAGGCCAACUCGCAGUACUUCCACCUGGCCGCGUGGGCCGUGCCUGCCGUCAAGACGAUCAGCAUCCUGGCCAUGGGUCAGAUCGACGGGGACACUCUAAGCGGCGUUUGCUUUGUGGGCCUCAACAGCCUGGACCCGCUGAGAGGCUUCGUGCUGGCGCCACUCUUUGUCUACCUCUUCAUCGGCACUUCCUUCCUGCUGGCUGGCUUCGUCUCGCUCUUCCGCAUCCGCACCAUCAUGAAGCACGAUGGCACCAAGACGGAGAAGCUGGAGCGGCUGAUGGUGCGCAUCGGGGUCUUCAGCGUGCUCUACACCGUGCCCGCCACCGUCGUCAUCGCCUGCUUCUUCUACGAGCAGGCCUUCCGCGAGCAGUGGGAGCUCAGCUGGAUAAGCCAGAACUGCAAGGGCCUGGCCAUUCCCUGCCCCCUGCAACACACCCCGCGCAUGAUGCCCGAUUUUACUGUCUACAUGAUCAAAUACCUCAUGACCCUCAUUGUGGGCAUCACCUCCGGGUUCUGGAUCUGGUCUGGGAAGACUCUUCACUCGUGGCGCAAAUUUUACACCAGACUCACCAACAGUAGGCAUGGCGAGACUACGGUGUAAUUCACUUGAACUACUCUUGGAGCAGAACUGUACCUAACUGGUUGGCCAGGGACCGUCAGUUAUUUGUCAUACUUUGAUUUGUCUUUUUCUUUGAUGUGCGUGCUGGAAAUUGAGACACGAUCAUCAGCUCUUCAAGCACCGGUCAACCAACCUGAGAUGAACACGUUUGGUGGGCGAUGCGCCAAAACCGUUCUCCAUCGCUGCGCUCCCCCGCCCCCCUCACUUCUCAAGGAACCAGAAAUAAAGGCCCUGAGUGAGAGACCAGCUGGGGCUCCUCUAAAGUGGGGGGAGGGACAACUGAAAGGAAAGGCCAUUCUGCCUAAUUGGCUGCAUUUUAUGUCAUUUAACUUGCAAGAAACUGUGCAAUUAAAAUGAACUGUAAAUAGAAUUUGUAAAAAAUGUCUAUAUAAAUAUAAUUAUAUAUUUGUAUUUAAAGAAGGGAUGCUCUGUUUCAAUGGUCUUGCAGCUUGGCAAACGUGUAUCCCUCGAAAUGGAAGCCAUAGAAUGCCUCAGUGUUGUUUUUGUUGGCAGCCCGGCAUGGGCACAAUUGAACUUUUCUGUCAAACUCAGAUCUGUAAUCAUUUUUUUUUUUUCCAAUGUACCAGAUUUAAGGAAGCUGUUUUAUAUUAAAGGCAGCCUUUGGAUGUAAACAUUUCUCUG